AUAUUGUCUGCACAAAGACAAAUUCCAAUGGAGGCAAAAAGCAAGGUCCUGAUCAUUGGAGGAACUGGGUACUUCGGAAAAUUCAUUGUUGAGGCCAGUGCUAAGUCUGGUUAUCCUACAUUUGCUUUUGUCCGAGAAUCCACUCUCUGUAAUCCUGCUAAGACCAAAAUCAUCCAGAAAUUUGUCGCCUUAGGCAUCAGCUUUCUAUUUGGAGAUUUAUACGAUCAUAGGAGUUUAGUGAGGGCAAUAAAGGAGGUGGAUGUGGUGAUUUCUACGGUUGGUCACCAUCUGUUGGCCGAUCAAGAUAAGAUCAUUGCUGCAAUUAAAGAAGCUGGUAAUAUUAAGAGAUUCUUGCCUUCAGAGUUUGGAAGUGAUGUAGAUCGUAUGCAUGCAGUUGAUCCUUUAAGAUCAACAUAUGCCCUUAAGGCUAGAACGCGUCGAAUGAUUGAGGCUGAGAAAAUUCCUUACACCAUUGUGUCUUCCAACUUAUUUUCUAGCUUCUUCCUCCCCACUUUGGCACAAACUGGAGCCUCAGGACCCCCCAAAGAAAAAGUUGUUAUCUUAGGGGAUGGAAAUCUAAAAGCAAUUUUUAACAGAGAAGAGGACAUUGGCAUCUAUACCAUGAGAGCUGUGGAUGAUCCAAGAACCUUGAACAAAAUUCUCUACAUCAAACCUCCCGCCAACAUCUACUCAUUCAAUGAUCUUGUGUCUUUGUGGGAGAAAAAGAUUGGUAAAACCCUUGAGAGAAUCUAUGUUCCAGAGGAGCAACUUCUAAAGAACAUUAAAGAGGCCUCACCUCCACUGAAUGUGAUCUUCUCAGUUUAUCAUUCUGUCUUUGUGAAAGGAGAUCAAACAAACUUUGAAAUUGAUCCAUCAUUUGGAGUGGAAGCUUCACAGCUUUAUCCUGAUGUUAAAUACAUUUCAGUUGAUGAGUUUCUCAAUCAUUUUGUCUAAGAGCCAAACUUUUCUAUUGUUAAUCUUCUAAAGAGUUUCACUAUCUUAUUGGAUAAUAAAGUAGGUUGUUUCUGGCCGGGAAAGAAGGAGAAGAUAGUUGCUGCUGUCUGUAUAUGGAAAAUUGGUGCUUGCCUCUUUGUGUGCCUACUUUGGUUGAUUCUGUGGAAAUGUUGGGUUACCUUGUUGAUAUAACCCAAAUGGAAAUCAAUGAAUACUGCCUCCUUUCACUUCUUCUUUAGACUCUGGUUCCCAUGUUACUUGGCACGUGCCAAGCAACAUGCUUGUGGCAGUCUUGAGCUGUCAUAAUUCCAUAACAUAGGGAUGUGGUUAAGAACUUUGUGCAUUGUAUAAGUACAAGGUGUAAAAUUGGCUUGAAAUGUUAGCCCAAGAUUGAUCAGGACUCUUCUCAUGGAUGACAGCAACUGAAGGCAUGCUGUUGACAAUGUUAUAAAUUGGACCAAGUUAUAGAUUUUUCUUAAUCAAUAGCCUUGUAAUUCUGUCAUUCUCUCAUUAAAGAAGAGGUUUUGGGAUUUGACCACUACAGGAUUUGCAGGGGAGAGGGAUAAAGUCAUAAAACAAAAAGAAUGCUAUUAGAGCAAAAUUUUGCUUGUCAUUCUGUAAAAACGUCUUGUCAUUAAUACAAACUAGAAUAGGUCACACAAAAAUCAUAGACAUGACUAUUUUAGAGAAGUCCAGCUAUACAUAUUGUGACCCUGUGGCCUAUGCCCAACAACUGGUAUCUGGUAAGAAUAUUGUUAACUAAUUAUGUGGCCAGUUCUAAACAGUGGAUACCAACAACCACAAAUU